UAAAGUGUGCUGUGGGGAAAUGGAAACAGGCCUAUUUGCUCUCCCAUGGGUGCCAGUGAAUAUUGGUGGUUUUGAUCUACUGGCCAAAGCCUGGUUCGGUGACACACAGUACCGGGUUCUGCUGAAUGACCUGAACACUGUGUGGGAAGAAGAAAUGACCGCAGAUGACAUCCAGAGUCGAGCACAGGAUCUGAAUAAGUGUCUGAGGGCUCCUACACAAGCUUUCUUCUCUCAUCUAUGUUCUGUGGCACGGCCUUGUUUCUCCAGUGAAGAUGAUGAUCAGAUUUCUACUGCACACGUUACUCUUGAACAGCAUGGUGACAAUCUAACAGUCAAACUCAAAAGUGAGCUGGCUGGGUUGCCAUUCUACUGGGAGUUUCGCUGCACCACAACACCUGUUGGCGUGGUGUGCAGGCACCUGGUGCGCCCCCUGCUGGCAGUGAGUAGAGUCCUGCAGCGGCAAGUGGAGGAUCUAGCUGCUCUUCUGGCUCGGAAGGACGCAGAGAUACAGGACUAUCAGGAGAACGGAGCUGUCCUAAGUAGAGCCAGACUACAGAUGGAGCUGUUUGAGGUGCACGGGUACAGGGAGAACUUCUUCACACAGAUUGUUCCACAGAUGGGUGUGACGCUGGACAGUUUGGGUUUUGACUCAGAGUUGCAGGCACUGUAUAUGGCCGUGAGCUUGGGGAAAACAGGUCAGAAACGCAAACACUCUCCUGACAGCAACCCUGCGGCAGAAGACAACCACGUCUCUGAACAUCACCAACACAUCACUGAUGUCCCCACAGAUGUGGGUUCUUCACUGGCUUCUCAAGAACAGAAUGAUGUCAAAGCAUCAUCAGGAAGACCUCAGGUGGCAGACAGUAAACAGGCUGUCCCAUCACCAUCAACUGCUGCUGCUGGUUCUGAGGACCGUUCCACCUCACAGCCGAAGAAGAAGAAAGCAGUGGGGCUUUUUCGGUGACAGUUCAUGCUUCUGAAUCAGAAUAGUGCACAUAUGGACCCUUUUAUCUUCUGAAUGCUUUAUAAACAUUUUUAUUCUUUUUAGGUUUGAUUUUUAAGU